AGGGUUCUUACAUUAACUAGUUCAGAGCCAGACCUCAGUCAGGAGACAUCUCAGGCAGGAUUGAGCUACCCCCAUAUAAAUGUGUCAUUUGUGAUGAGCUGGGGUGUUCAUCUGGCUUCUAGAAGGGUGGGUAUUUCCCCUGCAUCCCUUCUCAUGCCUGCCAACUCUGCCUGGAUGUCCUCCUGACCCUGGGGUGCCUUAGAUGUUUGUGUAUGAGCAAAUACAUUGAGCUUCAAGUGUCUGCUGUGGGGAGAGCUGGAUGACUCUCUGCUAUCCAUUAACUAAUAGCAGGAUUCUCUUGCCUUAGUUUUGAUCCAUGGUGCUACUUGAGAUACUCUGAAAUAUCCAAGUUUUAGGUUCAGUUUUUAGAAGUUAAACAUUUACCCCACAUCUGUGGAUUUCCUUGGAACAGCAUUAGGGAAAAAAAUUUGAACACUUGUACAGGCAGAUUUACCAGACAAGGAGGAUAAAGGAGAUAUUAGAGGGCAUGUUAAUCUGAAUUUUAAAAAAUUCUGAACUAAAAAAAAUGGUGAAAUCUUGCUAUUGAUUUCCUGCCAAAUGUGCCCUUGGACCUUCUGUGUCCCUUUUGCACAAGGGAUCUGCAGUAACCUCUAUUCUCCUAAGGCUCCUGGGAUAUUUUACACUUUGGGAUGUGACACCCAAGCACUCAUGUUUAAACUCUUUGCUUGAAGUCCAGUCAUUAACACCGUGGUAACCUUGAACACGUGGCUUUCCCAAGGCCAUGCAGCUAUUCAGUGGCAGAGGUACAGCUGUGCCCACAUUCCUUGGGGCUGAUUCCUCACAGUGACACCUGGACAUCCAUCCCCGCUGGUUCUCCUGGAGGCAGAUUAGGAGUUGGCAUCACUGCACACACAUUCCUGCCCUCAGUCCCUCUCCAUCCAGUAUUACCUGUUCUCUUUGACACUCCUCACUUUUUGUUACUGCUUCCUUGGGCUGAGCUGCUUCCUGGCACCCACAGCAGGAAGCUUAAUGUGAUGUCUUGUGCUGCUGGGUUUGCAGGAAAAGGAGAUGGAUCAGGCAGCCAAGGAACAGAGACCCAGAUCUCACAUCACCACUCCUGACAGAAUGCCUUUGCUUGCACGGCACUGGUGGCAUCAUUGGAGAUGGAGCUGGCAGUGUCCUGAAUUUAAUGCCUGCAGAUAAGCAGAAGCCAAGUGCAAGUCUGUGAUUUUACAGAGUGGUGCUUUCUUUUGGCCAGAACUAGACACCCAGAGAAGGGAGCCUGGAAAUCUAUAAUAGCUACAGUUAAAAACUCACAUGGAUGAUGGAGCUGGAUCCUGUGCACUGGCUUUUUCCUGUGUUGAAAACAAUUACUGUUCUAGAAGAAGAAGGGGAGGUCAGCCACUUUCUACCCUGUAGACAACACCCCCCUCCUGCUCCCUGUGGAUGAGACAGAAGCGCCUGGGCUCAGCAGCAGCAGCAGCAGCAGCAUGGAGCCCGUGGGCGUCGGCACGGAGAUGGCCCUGCUCAGCAACAUCCUGGCAGCCUAUGCCUUCAUCACAGAAAACCCCGAGCGGGCUGCGCUGUAUUUCGUGUCCGGAGUGUGCAUUGGACUGGUGCUGACGCUGCUGGCCCUGGUGCUCAGGGUGUCCUGCCGGACGGACUGCAAGCGCUCCUCCUCCAAAAAACCUCCCCGGGAGCGGGAGAGCGACAGCGACAGCAGCGACAGCGACGACGACUCGGACACCACGUCGGACCUGUCUGCCCGCAGGCACCGCAGGUUCGAGAGGACUUUGAACAUGAACGUGUUCACCUCGGCCGAGGAGCUGGAGCGGGCGCAGCGGCUGGAGGAGCGGGAGCGCAUCAUCCGCGAGAUCUGGAUGAACGGCCAGCCCGACAUUCCCGGCACCAGGAGCCUCAACCGCUACUACUGAGCCAUGAGGGCUCCAGCGCUCCUGCCCUGCUCCCCAGGGCUGCCCACACCUCGGAGAGGAGAGUGAGGGGACAGCACAACACGGGCGUCUCCCCUUUCCAUCAGGUGUGCCACCUGGAGCGGUGCGGAUGGACAGCCGUGAUGAUUCCCCAUCUCUCUCUCCCUGACAUAUUGGCAUCAACCCUCUUCCCAGACACUUUCUGGUUUCAACGAAGUGAUUGCCAACUCCAUUUCCAAGUAGCAGGCAGGGAGGAGGCAAUGGCAGCUCCCCCAUGUGGGAUGUGGCGCUGGGCACACCAUGGUGCAAAUGCUCCUUUCUUGGCUGGACAUCUCCAUUUAGGAUUUUUUGGUUUCCCUCUCCCGAGGACUGUGGGAGAAUUGUGAACAAAAUGACAACUCUGGAAAGAUGAUUUGGGGGAGGUGCAUCCUGACCGAUUGUCUUGUGACUUCAGAAGCCACGAGAUUAACCUAAUUAAAACCCAACAGCAAAUAGGACUUGUUAAGAACUGGGGGAUGGGAGGGAGGGGGAUUCUUCCAUCGUGAAAUCAUCUCGGUGCUUGGAUGUUUGCCAUAGUGUGUUCAGUUAUUUAUGGCUGUCUUUUCAUCUUCCUUUUCAAUGGGAACAUUUAGUUUUUUUACUGACACCUCAGGGAUAAAAUCCUAUUAUUUUUUUGAGUCUGCUCUCCCUACUGGCCCUGGUCAAACACAACCCAACCCAUCUCCAACAGUGAAAUUCUGGUAAUAUAAGAGAUGUGUCAGUCACUAGUGAGAAGUUAACAACCUCAAAGAGGUUGAAAAAAAGUUUUCUUUUUGUUUUAAAUAUAUAUAUAUAUAUUUGAAGAUGCUGCACAGGAAUGUGCCUUAUUCUUUUUUUGUUGUUGUUAUUGUUGUUAAACUACAGUUUUCCUAUGGAUAGCAAUGCACAAUGUUUUAUAUAUUUUAUUAAAAAAAUAAAAUUAAAAAAAAUUCUGUGUUUACCAGAGGAAAACCAACACAGAAGAAGCCAUGUCUGACAACAAAAUGGGUAAUAAAUGCUAA